CCUUCAUUUGCAGAUUUGGCAUUCUACGUACACCAGAUAUUUUUAUUUAAGCUGUAUUCUGUCCCUGACAAGGUCAUCUGCACACCUUUUGGCCCCAAGAUGUUGCUGCAUCACUGAGGUCAAAGGGCACCAUCCUCAAAGUUUGUUGAACAAGUAGGAGAGGUAGAGAGCACCACUUUAACUCUAGGCAAAUUAGAUAUGCAACAUUUAAUAUGUGAGCUUUCUACACUCAUUCGUCUUGCAUGUCCUUGCGUCAUUCUUCUGCUGCACCUGCCGGCCCAGGCGAAUUCGGCCGCACACUUCGGUGCAAUAAAACCCACGGUCGUUGGUCAACGCACUCUACAUCAUUCAUUCGUCCCGUCUGCGCGCGCUGUUCCCACGAUAGCUGCAAACAAGGUGAGGCGACGAAAUGACACUGCAGAGGAACUGAAAAUAGCGCCUCACCACAGCGCUCGUGCAGCAGAUGGCGCGUACGCACGCACUGACCGCGGGCGGCGAGUUCGAAGCGGCAGCACGGGAAGACUGCCCGCUCCUGAGAACGGCGGCAGCUGCGCUCUUGUCACGCGACUCCCUCUGUAGUAUGCGUUCGAGCCGGCAUGCCGGCCCGACGCCGCCGCACGCCACCGGACCGCCCGACUGGCCUGGACGGCCUUUUGAGGGCGAAGCGGUUUUGCAGGCUGCCGGAACCGCGCCUGCUUUGUAGACCAAAUAUUCGAAAGUUCAUAGUCGCGCCUCCGUUCUGUGUUACGAAAGGAGGGAUUGGAGGAGGAAGGGGGCACUCCUGGCAAGACUUCCGGUCAAGUUGCGCGGAGAUGAAAAGCGACGAAAAAAAAAAGUUACCACGACGGGCCGGCCACGUGCCAGCACUGCAUUCCUUGGCACUCGAACUGGAGCGACACACAUUGUCCGCGCUUGGGGCUCUCAGCAGCGGCGACCGGCUCGCACACCCAGCGGCCUAUGGUGAGAGCAGCAGCAGCAGCAGCUUUGCGGCACGUGGCAUGAGCCCCAAGAAGGAGCACGAGGUGGAGGCCAUGGCCGAGCUGGUGGCCUCACUCGCGCAGCGCUUGGGUGUCCUGCACCUGCUGGACCUAGGCAGCGGCAAGGGUUAUCUGGCCGCGCGACUCUGCGGGCCACCGCACGCACUUCAGGUUCUCGCUGUCGACAGCUCGGAAGCGCGAAACCACAGUGCCCGCGAGCGCGCCGCCAAGAUGCUCUGUGCUGAGCGCCUGCAGACGCUCACAGCCAGCGUGGAUGAUCAGUUCGACAUGGACGCCGUGCUGCAUGGCAACGAUGGGCGCCUACUCGUGUGUGGCCUGCACACAUGUGGCGAGCUGGGACCCAGUGCCCUGAGGCUGGCCGUGCGCGGGGCGCCAAGGGUGCGAGGGCUGUGCCUGGUCGGCUGCUGCUACCACCUGCUGGAGCGCGGCUUUCCCAUGUCCAAAGAGCUCGGGGCUCGCGGGUGUCGGGACCCGGGCCGCAAUGCGCGUAUGCUCGCGGCCCAGUGCGCCGACCGGCGCCAGGAGACUAGCGACACACUCUUCUGGAGAGCGCUGCUCCAGCUGAUGCUAACGGACGAGGAACGAGAGUCUGGAAAGCGCGUGGGUCGCCUGACCGUGGCAGGAUCAUUCGCAGAUUAUGCACAGCAGGCACUGCGGAGGCUCGGCCGCGAUGUCGUUGAUGAGUCUGCAUUUCGGGCACAAGCCGAGUGCCUGGAAUGUGAAUACGCAGGUGAACAGCGACGCCGGCUUUCGGCCUUUCACCGGCUGCGUAUCGCCUGGGCUGGCUGCAUCGAGGCCCUGUUGCUACUGGACAGACUAGUGUUUCUGCUUGAACAGUGGCCGACGGUGGAGGAGGCACACAUAGUGAGACUGUUUGACCCAACACUGUCACCCCGUUGCCACGCUCUAGUGGCACUCAUGCACCAUGUUGGACAGGAUUGAAGCGAACAUUCCUUCAGUAGCUUUGAUGUGCUUGUAGAGCCAAGGUAACUGCAAGCUGUUUGAAUGAGGCUGGCUACUACAUGGAUAGCCGAUUUUUAGCGGAUCGGUGGACAUUAUUGUUCAAGGUUCUCUAUAGCUGCAAAUUAACUUCACUGUGCCAGCUGAAGUACUGACAUGGAAAAGGGGCAGUUUUUGCUGGAGGAAUCUUGAAGCACAAUGGCAGGCUGCCUUUGUCCAUUUGACACGUACUGAAUACAAAAGUCAUCAGGGUUCUGGUAUCGAGGCUCAUAUGUGAGCCAUAUGCCAAGGACUACGUAAAAGCCCUUCUUACAUACACAUUUUCAUGAACCCAGCCUUCAGUUCAUUAUUGGGAAGACAAAGUUGUGCACAUUUCUCAUGGCUAUCACAAGCUUGAUCCUUUACUGUACAUGCAGCCAUUGCUAUAACUUGAGAAGAAACAAGCUGAUUAGUUUGUCAGACUGUACAAUGACACCGCAAUAGGCAGUGCAUUCCAAGAAUUUAGAUUUAGGCCUUUAGGAUUUUAGAUUUAGGAUUUAGAUAUGCAUGCUGCAAAAUGAAGACAGCGAAAUGUUCAUGAACUAACGGUUAAAAUGCAGGUCUCCCUUGAAUCUGGACAUGAACCUGUGGCUUCAGAAGCAGUACAAGAACAUAAGCAUGCCUUCAACAGUAGCUGUAGCCAGAUAUUACCUUGGGGUGCUUUCCACCCUUUUUUUUUCCAUAGGAGGGCGUUCACAUGGGACCUGCAAAAAUAUCUAAGACCCCCGCUCCCUCCCCUUAUUCCUUACUGGCUAUAUCCCUCCCCACCACCCCCCACUGACUCUAGACAAUAUGCAUAAAAUUAGGACAGAUACGAUGGCAACUUUUGAUUGAGCCCAAAAUUACAAAAGGGGAGACCAGGCAACAGUGCAUUUUCUUUUUUUUUCCCCCCUUGGCUGUAUCUUUCCAUUCCUUGCCGUGCUGUAAUAAGUUUGUAAUGCAGUACCAACUUGUCCAAUCUUCAACACUAGCUGGCAACAUCAUUUGGACAAACAUAAAUUGCACAACUGUUUCAGUAUAAAAAUGCCCCAUCUGAAAAAAAAAAAAAAUUAAGAGGUGUGCUCUCAGCCUCAUUCGUAAAAGGCAAUAAAUGUCCUCAUUCAUUCUGAACCUUUGGCCUCUGAACCAGGAACGUAGACAGUAUAGAUAAGCUGAAGAGGAACAGUAGUGUGUGAAAUUACUGCAAGUGUAUGCCUGUUUGCAGCUUUCUGGCAUCUGCAAUAUAUCUUGGCUUAUGCAGUUACACUUCCCAGACUAAUAUUGCAAAAUUACAACACUGCUCUUUGCUGGGUUUGCACUACACAGUUCCUACAUUCCACACCACCAUACAUAUAAGCAAUAUAUACGAGUGUGUUUUUGUCUGUACAGAUACCUCAGGCAUUGUGGUGUUGUGAUGUCCUUUGAGAAGAAACAAGACUGGACCUACAGUACUACCUGUGGAUUUGCAAAAACGAAAUGCCUAGUCAAAAGAGUCCUACAGUUUAGCAAUCCCACUAAUGGCGAGGCCAUCAAUUGUACUUCCAUCAUACUUCCUCCACUUCAUCAACUCUGCUUAACAGAAGCAGAUGAGCCGCAUAUUUACUAGUGGCACAGCCUCUUAUGUCAUGAUACACCUGUUCCCUUCCCCUUGGAAUGAAAUAAUAAAGAUGUUUUCAAAGCAGCA